AUGAAGGAAGAUAGUCCGAUUCAAAAAUUUUUUACCGGGAAAAGUGUUUUUUUAACGGGAAGCACUGGUUUCCUCGGAAGUGUACUAGUUGAAAAACUUUUGAGAGGUUGUCCUGAAAUUAAAAAAAUAUAUUUAUUAAUACGGAAAAAAAAAGGUGUCGACGUUGAAGAAAGAUUUAAAAAAUUAAUCGAUGCCAAGCUUUUUAGCCGGCUUCGUUCUGAUUUUAUAAAAGAAAAAAUAAUUUUUAUGGAAGGAGAUAUAACCUCACCGGAUUUAGGGCUCUCAGAAGAAGAUAAAACGACGCUUAAAAAUGAAGUGUCAAUUGUUUUUCACUCGGCAGCUACAACUAAUUUCGGAGCUCAUUUACGUCAAGCGGUUGCUAUUAAUCUACAAGGAACGGAAAAAGUACUUAUGUUAGCUCAAGACAUGAAAAAUUUAGAGGCGUUUGUUUAUAUUUCGACUGCUUAUUGUAACGCUGUUGUGAGAGGUGUUACCACUGAAGAUAUUUAUCCGUCAUGGAUUGACAGUGACGAACUAAUCGAAAAAAUGAAUAAAUUGUCGGAUGAAGAAAUUGCUGUACAGACAAAAGAAUUUUUAGGAGGUUACCCUACAACAUAUUCAUUCACGAAACACAUGUGCGAAAAUUUAUUAUAUAAAAAAAGAAAAUCUGUACCCUUGGCUGUGGUACGACCUUCUGUCAUCUUAGGAACGUUAGACGAACCGUUUCCAGGAUGGGUUGAAAAUGUUCAAAAUGGUGGAGUUGCUUUCAUUGCAGGAGCCGGAAAGGGAAUAUUCAGAACGGUUUUAGGAGAUAAUAAUAAAAUUUCUGAUAUUGUGCCAUGCGAUAUGGUCGCGAAUUUGUCGAUCGCAACAGCUUGGGAUAUAGCAAAACUAGGAAAAGGAAGCUGUAAAGUUUAUCACUGUACUUCUGGAUCGGAUAAUCCAAUCACGUUAAACGAAUAUUGUAAUUUGACAAUUGAAAAAGUACGACAAUUUCCCUGCUCUGAAGUUUUAUGGUAUCCAGGAGCCAAAUGUAGAUUUAAUUUAAUAAGAAAUUACAUUUUUGUUAUUUUAUUUCAUUUACUUCCGGCAUAUCUUCUAGCGACGACUUGGGAAAAAUACACUGCAAAAAAUAGACCUGUUGUUUCGUACCAUAAAAAAUUCAUACGUGGCAUGGAAUUUCUUCAUUAUUUCACAAUUAGAAAUUGGUAUUUCGACACGAAAAAUACUAAAAAAUUAGCCGAAGAUUUAUCCGAACAAGAUAAAGUGUUAUUUAAUUUUGACGUGAAAAGAAUUAAUUGGCCCAAAUAUUUGGAAAAAUGUGUUUUGGGAGUCAGACAUUUCUAUCAUGGAGAUUAUCCCGAGACAAUAGAAAAAUCUAGAAAUUUAAUUAAAAUGCUUAAAAUCGUUCAUUAUGGAUUAUACUUUGGAGGAUUUCUCUUUGUAUUUUAUUUACUUCUCACCUGUGGUGUACAGUUUUUAACUGCCUUUGUUGGUGCUGCUCUCACAUUUGCAUUAAUAUUUUGGCUUUGA